GGCGCGGAGCGGCGCGGCAGGCCGGAGGGGCCGCGGCAGCAGAGGAGAAGGCCGCGUCGGCCGGUCCUAGUGGCGGAGGCGGCGCGGGCGGCGGCGGGGGGCCGGGUGGCCGGGGUCCCGGGCCCCGCAACGGCGGCGGCGGCGGCAGCAGGAUGAUCAAGCUGUUCUCGCUGAAGCAGCAGAAGAAGGAGGAGGAGUCGGCGGGCGGCACCAAGGGCAGCAGCAAGAAGGCGUCGGCGGCGCAGCUGCGGAUCCAGAAGGACAUAAACGAGCUGAACCUGCCCAAGACGUGUGACAUCAGCUUCUCAGACCCAGAUGACCUCCUCAACUUCAAGCUGGUUAUCUGUCCUGAUGAGGGCUUCUACAAGAGUGGGAAGUUUGUGUUCAGUUUUAAGGUGGGCCAGGGUUACCCGCAUGACCCCCCCAAGGUGAAGUGUGAGACGAUGGUCUAUCACCCCAACAUUGACCUCGAGGGCAACGUCUGCCUCAACAUUCUCAGAGAGGACUGGAAGCCAGUCCUUACGAUAAACUCCAUAAUUUAUGGCCUGCAGUAUCUCUUCUUGGAGCCCAACCCUGAAGAUCCACUGAACAAGGAGGCCGCUGAGGUCCUGCAGAACAACCGGCGGCUGUUUGAGCAGAAUGUGCAGCGCUCCAUGAGGGGUGGCUACAUCGGCUCCACUUACUUCGAGCGCUGCCUGAAAUAGGGUUGGCGCACACCCACCCCUGCCAGGGCCACCAGCCCCGGCGUCCCCUGCAAAUAUUUAUUAGGGGCCACAGGUGGUGGGCAUGGGGCAGCAGGUGGGGGAAUCCCAUGCCCCAGCCUUGCCUCCCCUUCCUGCCACCCGCUCCUAGUUAUUUUUUUUUUAACCACCAUGUGAUUAAGGUCGGCGCUGCCUCCCCACCCCCAACCCCAACCAGCUCAGCGAUGGGAAAUGAAUUGGCUUGUCUAGCCCCCCGCUGGGUGCCGUCCAGCCCCCGCCACUCUGGGUUCUGGGGUGGGUGGCCAAGGGGACUGGGUGGCUGGGGCCCUGCCACCCCAACCCUUCACCACUGGAGGUCGCACCAGGCUAUUAAAGGGGAAUGUUACUGCA